CGUCUAGUGCAUACAGCUCUCUCUUGUAUAGAUAUAAAAAGAUAUAUACAUCAAAUAUAUCCAAGACUUAACUUUUACACCACACAGUGAAAUAAUAAGUACUACACCGUAUAUUAACGUUGAAGGGAAAAGGAAAUCUAAUUUACGCACUGGUUUAAGCUGGUCGGGCAAGACCUGUUGCACAAUUGGUGCACAGCAUUGUCAUUUCUUUAUUUGCAAAAAGAAAUUGAAGCAUUUAUUCAAAAAUGAAUAAAAGAAAAUUAAAACAUGUGUCUAAAAUUUCAAGUCGACAAUUUCGUCGGCGUGUUCACAAUACUGUGAUGAAGAUAAUAGACAAGAUUGAAAACAGGGCUACUUAUGAGAGUAUAAGUAUUAAGAAUAACAAUAAUGUCCCAUUAAAUUCUGUCUCAUCAAAUGCUACAAGUGAUACAGUAUGUGAAGAAGAUACUGCAAGCAAUUUGCCUAUACUUUGCAAUGAUUUGCAUACUGACAAUCCAUCUGACAGUGAUAAUGAAUUGUUAAAUCAUGGAAUGUGUGGAUAUGAAGAAAAUGAACGUAGAUGUUUGGCUACAUUACAUUCAUCAUUGGAAGAGAGUGAAGACAGCGAUCAAGAUGAGGCAACGUCAGAAGUAGAGAAUUUCUUAAGGAAUUGAACUGUAAAACAUUUAAUCAAGAAUAUUGCUGUUACAGACCUUCUGUCGCAUUUAAAAAAAUAUCCGUACUUUUCUACUUUUCCAAAAGAUGCCAGAACAUUGUUACAUACUCCGCGAAAAUGUAAUACUAUAGAUAUAGAACCCGGUAAAUAUUUUCAUUUCGGCAUAGCUAAUGGUAUAAUGGACACAAUAUUAAAUGAUGAUUUGAAAAGACAAAAAUGUAAAUUGCAAAGUGUACAAAUAGCUUCAGGUAUUGACGGUCUUCCCCUUUGCAAAUCAUCAUCUAGUACAUUUUGGCCAAUUUUAGGUUCUGUACUUCCUAAUGGAUCUGUCUUUAUCAUUGGAGCUUAUGAAAUUUUAAACCUAAAAGUAGCAAUCUUUUUUUGAGAAAUUUUGUACAUGAGGCAUUAUUUUUGUAUGAAAACGGAAUUGAAAUAGAUGGCAUAAAAGUUCCAUUUUCUAUCAAAUACUUUGUCAUGGAUGCACCAGCAAAAUCAUAUGUUCUGAAUGUGAAAGAGCACACAGGUUACAACAGUUGUACGAAAUGUCAUGUUAAGGGUCUCAGUGAC